GCGACACUAACCAGCAAGGCUCGGCAAAGUGAUAAAUUCGACCUUCCAUCCUACUUUCGUACUCUCCCACAAACAUAUCUUCCCCCAGCUGGUGAGAUCGUUAGACUAUUGUUUCCUUCCAGCAGUCUGCUCUAACACUGUUCUCUUACUCGAAAAACAAUCUUCUUCUCCCCUGCUCACCAUGCCACCCAAAGCAGCCAAGUCUGCUAACGGCGAGUCUACCGAUCCAAACUUCGCGUUCGUCCUCAGCGCACUUCGGCAUGCGGGUGAAAUCAAGAUGAACUGGGACAAAGUUGCGGAGGACAAUGGCAUCGGAUACGGAAAGAAUGCGUCGUCCAAGUUUAAGACCGUCGUCAAGAAGCAGGGUUUCAAAUUCGAAGGCAACAUCAUCACUCCGCUGGAUGAUACACCUGCUCCUGCCCGCACUCUCCCUGCUAUGGUCGCCUCCAAAUCUACUGCGCCGCGCAAGCGUAAGGUCACAACCAAGAAGGAAGAUGGCGAUGAUGCCGAGGAGGAGUCAAAGACGGUUACCAAGCGCAAGAAGGCUGCACCAAAGUCCGCUCCCAAGGGUAAGGAAGAGGAAGAAGAGGUCGAGGCGGAGGACGAUGAUGAAGACGUGAAGGAGGAAGACGAUAUUUAAGAUCUCAUCUUCUUGCUUCGAGUCCAACACGUUCUCGACGACGUUGAUAGAAGUCAUCGGAACCGGCAAUGAACUUAGACGACUAUGGUGGUUAACAAAGGUUUCAUGGCGAACAGAAGGUCAGAGAUCGGAGGAUCUGCACAUGAAGCUUAGUGUGCUGAUGAUUAGUUGGUGACAUAAAGAUGUCCAACCGACCUGCCUCGGGGUGUGAUAGCAUGAAUUGGCACACUUUAAUAGCAUCGAUUGAGUGAUACCACAAAGGGCAUACAAAAGAUAC